GAACCCGAAAAAACCCCUUAUGACAAUAGUUUUACGGAUCAUCCCGAAAACGAAAGAGAAUGUAUUUCAGUUAAAAAAAAAUUGUGUUAUAAAAAUUCCCAUAUUUACGUUUAUUGUUCAGUAAAAAAUAAUUUAAACUAAUGCUAAUAGUACUAAUGACUAGAUAAAUAUGCUAUACAAAUUAGCUUAGGCCUAGGCCUAACCUAUUACUAUUAUACUAUUAUACUACAAUUACUAAUUUAGUAAGUAACUAGACCUACGCUAGUACUAAUAAUAUUUAUGUAUAUUAUAUAGUAUAAUAUAGGAGGGCAUAUUCAUAAAUUAGAGCAUUUAAGUUAAAGUUUAAGACCUUGUCCUAUGGCUAGCUUACGUUUUAAGUUUUAGGCAUAGUAUAGGCUACCACCUAACUUAGUUUGAUUUUUAGUUAGGCCUAAAUAUUGAAGUCUUUGUAAUAAGUCAUAUAUCGUGGUCUGAAUUGUUUUGGAAGGAGUUUAAGUUUAAGUCAAGGCAAAAUGUUAGAGUAACUAAGUUACUAACUUUAACUUAGUUAAAGGUUAGGCCCUAUUCCUAUGGAGUAUGGACCUAUUAUAAUAAUUCCUAUUUGAUUAUUAGCCUUACCAUUGCCUUCUUAAUUUUAAUGUUAAAAACUAAACCAAAAGUACAAUUGAUUAUUUAAUGAGUUAUUUGUUUUUUUAGUGGUUUUUUUUUUGAGAAUGCAAUAAUUAAUUGACUGUAGUAUUGUAAAAUAACACAUUCUUUUUUUAUAAAGGCCAACAUUCAAUAAUGAUUAGUGCAAGUGACAAUUUUUUAAAGAGGCCAAUGAAUUAUAGUUAUAUGUCAUGCAGACAUGAAAUCCUAUUUUGCUAAGAGUAAUUAGCAACAAUAAUGCCUCAUAUUUUGGCGUGGGGCAAAGCAAAUUCAGGGGCUCUUGGUCUAGGGGGCUCAGAACAAAAUACAGUGACAUGCCCGCAGCAGGUUCUUUCAUUGGAAAAAACAGAAAUUCGACACAUAAGUACAGGAGAAAAUCAUACUUUGGUGUGUGUAAAUGAUGGCUCUGUUUAUAGUUGUGGUUCUAAUGAUUUUAAACAGUGUGGCAGAGACAGCAAUCUUGCAAAAUUUGGUAAGUUUGUGUCAUUAGACAGGUUAUUUUGAAAUAAAAUAAAAUACUUUUACUCUAACGCCCUAUCUUUUCUUUUCAGGAUAAUAAUAUCUUGUUCCACUAUUUAUUUUCUGUUAUUUUCAAUACUUCUCACAAUGAGACUGAAAAUAUGAUGUGCAAUGAUUUCGUAAUUCCUUUUUAAAGUUGAAAGAAGCUCAUCUAAUAUCAAAUCAAUAAAACCGUUAAAUUACUCUUUAUGAUUGUUAUUAGUUAUUAGGGGCUAGAAUUAAUUUUAAAAUAUUUUAUAUGUAUUAAAAAUAAAUUUCUUUCCUAUUUCAUUCAUGUUUGCUUCUAAACAAGUUUGAGUUAUUUUAAUUUUUUAAAAUUUUCUGAAUCCUAUUUGUACAAUUUGGUAUUUUGGCGCCUAAAGACACUCUUAAUUUUAAAAUUCAUGUUUCAUUUAAAUUAAAAAAAAAUAAAUAAUUAAUUAAUUCAGCCCUUGUGUGUCAUGGCACAACAGAGAUACCUAAACCUGACCUGUUGCUGUCUUAAUAUUUUCCUCACUGUCAUAGUAUAAUGUAGCUUAAGAAUUUGCUAAUGUUUGUCAGGAGACUAUACCCCACCAUUUGAUAGUUCUUCUUUUAUGCAGUAUGAUGUUGGCUGCGGUUAUCCAGGUAUUCGGCAUCUCUUCUGUUUCCCAAAUGUCUUGCAGUAUCUGUUUUUGUGUGUUCUGAUGAUAAAGUUUAUUCUUCAGUAAGUGCAUGACCAACCACAACAGAUCAUUUGCUUGCUGGUUUCUAUUUAAAGAGUGUGUGCACUUAACUCUUGUUCACGAUGAGUGUGACUCCUUCCUUGUGGCUAUUGCUAAUUUCAUGACUUUGAAAAAAAAAAAUUGAAUUUAAAAAUAAAAAAUUUGGCUAUUCAUUUUAAUUUCUUAGCACGUGUUGAAGAAGGACUACAGCCUCAUCAUGUAAUUCAUGUAGCUACUGGCACUUACCACAGUGUAGUUCUUACUCAAGCCCAUGAAGUCCUCACCUGGGGCAAAAAUAGGGAAGGUCAACUAGGGAGAGGGGAAGUCACAGAAGAAACCAGAAGUACGCCUAAGUGAGUAUAACAAUUUCCUUUAUUAAAAAUGAAAUCUACAUUGCCUUAUAUAAUCAGGUUAAAAGAGAUGAAAAUACACAUGAAAAGAGGAAAUUAAAACCUCAGUUAACUAAAUAUAAUGUUAAUUAAACAAAGUAAAAAAAAUCAAAAUGUUAUUCAAGCAAACUAAAGCUCUAACAAGUAAUAAAGUUACAUUUCUAAACAUUACAUUUUGUCACUAGAAUUAGUUGUAUUUAGAGUUAGCUAUUUACUGGAUGAGAAAUUUAAACUCCUGAAUAAAAGGAUUGGAGAUUAGAAUAAUAGAUUCAUGGUAUAUAAAUUUGAUACUAUUUCUGUCCUUAUGACUUAAGAAAUUUUUAUUAAUAAAUUUUUCUGAUGGAAAUUAAUUAAUGUUUAAAUUUAAAUAAGCAAUAUUCUGUUUUAUUGUUUGAACAUUUUCAUUUUAGGUUGGUAAAGUCUCUUGCUGUAUGCUGUGUACUACAAGUGGCCUGUGGCAAUGAUCAUACUUUAGUCCUCACAAAUGGUAGGCAUGCCAGAGUUUUACUGAUGCUUCCAUUUACAUUUUUUGUAUAUGAAAAUAUUUUAUGUCAUUUUGCCAUCUUACUUUUUAAAAUGUAUAUUUAAGAUAUUAUUGUUGACAUAAAAUUAUUUUCUUUAACUGCAGAGGGCCGUGUUGGUGUAUGGGGCUCAAAUUCUUAUGGCCAGUUGGGGUUGGGAUUAAAUACAGGAACAAAUAUAAAUAUUCCAACUUGGGUGGCCUCUAUAAGUGGCCUACCUGUGGCCCAGAUAGCAGCUGGAGGAAACCACAGUUUUGUUUUAUCUAAGUCUGGAGCCAUUUAUGGAUGGGGCAGAAACAGGUAUGAAAAUAAAAAAAGAUAAUAUACAUCUCCUCCUAUUUUUUUAAUAAAUGAUUUGAGUUCAAUUGAAAAUUUCUGGUUUGAACAAUGACUUGAUUUGAAAGUUUCAUGACCAGAAUAUUUUCAAAAUUAUAAUCUUUUGCUAUUUGCUUAUUUAUAUUUUAUCAGAAAAUUACUAAUUAAACUUUACUUAAAAUUAAAGGAAUUUCAAUUUAUAUUUGCAUGCGUUAAGAUAUAUUUCUUUUUUUCAGUUUUGGCCAGCUAGGCUUGAAUGACACUGCAGGUAAGAAUAUUACAUGCAGGCAUACAAAUAAUAUAAUGACAAAUAAUAAUUCUCGAGGUAUGUGUGUAUGGCUGUAACUCUGUGUUCACGAGGUGCACAAAAUAAUUUCCCAAAAGUUAGCUUUAACUGGGAUUCCUAUAAAGUGCAUCACUUGAAUGGAUGUUUUGUCAAGUAAAUUCAGUAGAUGGGAUGUUGACGCAUUGCUGCUGCCAUUGUUUGGCAGGUUAUUUUUAGUUAAUUAUAUAAUAAAAAUGCCUAAAUCCAGUAAUUUCUUUGGUUUAAAGAUUAUUAUUCAUUCUGAAUUUUAGUAUUUCCUUGGUUUUCCCACACUGCUAACAAAAUUCAUAUUUUGUGGAAAACUAAAGAAGAUGCUGAUCAGGAAAAUUUUUAUUUUUUUUUAUCAUCAAAUUCAAAUACUUAUGUUAUCAAAAGAGAUUGAAGUUCAUCACUGUGACUACUUUUGUGUCUUGUUGAAAGAAAGUUGGUUUUGUUAACAGUCCUUUAUUUGUUUCCCUAAAUGCCUUUUUUAUAUCACAAUGUUAGAAGUUUUGUAAUUUCUUUAAGAUUAAGUUAUCCUGUAUCAACUGAAGAUGCAUGAGAUUUUAUGCUUAAAGCAAAAAGUAAUUUAAUUUUUCCUUUGAAAUCUCUUAGCUAUCGUUUACCAAGCAUAAAUUCCAAUAAAAUGCUUAUUCUCUUUAAUCGAUUCAUAGGGAGUAAACAUUGGACCAGAAACUGCAAUAUUGUUAUAUUUUCACACAAAGGACCUAUUUUCAAAUGUUUUUUUUCUCUCUAUCCACCUGAGUCUCUUGUAAGUUUGUAUUAUUUGUAUCUCUUUUAUAUUUUAGAUUCCUAUUUUCCAAAGCAAUGUCGGCCAAUGCGUAGUCAAAGAAUUAAAUAUAUAUGCUGUGGGGAGAAUCACUCUGCUUGCCUCACUGUGGUAUGAAAUUUAUACUUAUUUCACAAUUUAAUGCACUGGUUGUUGAGAAAAAUGCAAAAGUUUCGUGAUAGUUUUUCCAUUAAAUGUGUGUCAGUUGAAGAGCCAAGAUUCCAUUUUAAAAUCUAAUUUUUAGGUCUUAUUCGUUUAAAAAAUAACUUGCUUUAUCUGGUGCGUAUUUGAACAUUGUAAAAUAAUGAAUAUUCACCUCUCUAUAAUAGAUAUUAGACUAAUUUCAAUUAAAAUUUUGUAGAUGGACAACAAUAAAGACAUAUAAAUAGAAAAUUAAAUACAAGCUACCUAUCAUAAGAAAACUUAACAAGCAGCAGAUGUUUUGGCUGAGCCUUUCAUCAGCUGACAAAGUUAUAGCGACAGAACAAAGUUAAAUAGCUGACAAAGUUAUAGCCACAGAAAAAAUUUAAAUAGCUGACAAAGUUAAAUGAAGAAAUAUUAAUGAAACAAGAAAGGGGAAGAAGAAAUGGAUUAUAUUGCUCUCAAAACUACCCUUUCUAUCAUAAACUGAUGAAGUCUGUCUUGUUUAGACCAUUGUUUUAUGACAAUAUUAAUAUUAUGCUAUGUUAAAAGGCUGCCUGAAAAUGGGAUGGACAUGUUUGCCCUAUUUUAUUGACUUCUUUAUGUGUUACUGAGUGUCAGAGCUAGUUAUUUUUGGCAAGAAAAGAAAUGUUUUGAAGUUGCAGUGCUCAUGGUCAAAUCCAAAUACUAUUUGAUGAAUUGACCUUUUUAAAAUAUAAAAUCUCAGAGUUGAAUACUGAAUGAUUGUUUUCAGGAUGGCAGAGUAUUUACUUUUGGAGCUGGCACUUAUGGUCAACUUGGACACAGCAGUUAUAACAAUGAGAUCUUACCAAGACAGGUGAUGGAGUUGUCAGGAAGUGAGGUGUCACAGAUUGCAUGUGGAAGGUAGAACUCAGUUUGUUUACCACACAUAGCAUUUUUUGUGUAUUGUUUUUGUAAGUUUCCACAGAGUGUAAUUCAUAAGUUUCCACAGAGUGUAAGAAAAACCUAUUUAUUCAGCUGUUUUGGACUAAUUACAAAUUGGUAAUGAGAAAAAAAAAAACCAAGAAAAACAAAGAUGCAAAUAUCGAAGUAAAUUUGUAAAUAUAUAGUUAUUUUGCCUCUUUAUUUUGUUGACUUAAAUAAAUACUAUUGAUAAAAAACAAAUUUUUAAAAUUAAAAAAAUGGAUUGUACCUUUGAUCCCAGAGUUAGCUUUUUUUUAUGUUGUUUAACAGAGGGCACACCCUAGCCUAUGUUCCCAGAACUGGACGAUUGUAUGCAUUUGGACUGGGAGGAAGUGGACAGCUUGGGCUUUCAACAACAGAUAAUAAAAACAGUCCCAUGUCUGUGCCUGGACCUUUUACCUCAGGGACUUCCCAGGGCUCUCCCAUGCAGGUGGACAACCAAGGACCUGACCUCAGGAUAAGAACUAUCUAUGCUGGUGGAGAUCACAGCUUUGUCGUUGCUCAAGAUGUAGAUGUGAGUUAUCCCCCUUGUGCUCUAUUAACUCUGCCGACAUUAGAAAUGUGAGAAUUAUCUUAGCUAGUAAUUUAGCUCUUUUUUUUUUCCAGGCAUCUUCCCAAAAUUGCUAUUCAGCUACUUUUAUUUCAUUCUGGACAUAAAGGCCUGAAAUUUGUUAUACAUAAUCAAAAGAUAUUAAACCAUUUUAUAUUAAAAAAUAUGAAUCAGUUUAUAUUCUUUGAAUAUGCUAUAUAAAAUAUUUUCAAAAAAUGUAUUAGUCAUUUUGACUAUGUAAUAUUAUUAUUAGAUGUCUUUGUUUCAGAGUUGUGUAUCAGAUGAUUUUAGAAUGGAAGAUCCAACAAGGCAAAUAUUGACUCUCACUCAGGGAAGGAUAGAGGUGCUCCGACCUCUUAAAAAAGAUGAUGUUCCGUCCGAUGAACUCACAGAGUAAGCAAUGAUUUUUGUGUGAAUAUUUAGUUUUCCAUAAUCUGCUGAUAAGACAGGUAUUAUCAAAUAUCAAAAUAUAAACAAAAAUAUUAAAUUGACCCAUGCCCAGUGCUGGUUUGCACUUGCUCUGGAAACUGGAAUGUCUUUGAAAAGCAAAAAAUAUACUCACAGUUUUUUAAUACAUAACAUAAAUCAAAAUAUAAUAACUGUAAAAAUGGUCUUUCAAUACUAUAGUGGUUAUUAAAUUUAGUUAGUUUUUUUUCAUCUUUUUUUUUACAAUUUUAUUUACCGUUAAAAAGGUUACCAAAUUCAAAUUUAUGCUGAGUAGAGAGGAUAAAUAGUUUGUUGCAUGUGUAGAAUAUAACAUUUUGGAUGUAAAUAAUCUCUUUACCAAAGAUUGAAAACAAUCUAAUCGCUCUUCUAGGAAAUUUUGUAAAAAAACCUGAAACUGUCAUUUUUUUACAAAAACAUAAUAAUACCUGCUCUGACAUGUUAGGGAUUGUUUAACUUUUUCUGACACAUUAUUGAUUCCUCAUAUUGUGUAAAAUUGUCUUGACAAAUAUUUUUCAGGGAAAUGACUAAAAUAUUCUCUUUUGCUUCUUGUUUAAAUGGAUCCUUUUUGUUGCCGUAAGUUUUAAUAAAUGUCAUUAAAAAUGUCACUUUUGUACCAUAUAAUUUUUAAACUUGAGAAAUAACAUUCUUCAAAACAUGAAUUCUUAUUAUCUUAGUUACAUAAAAUAUUGCAAUGCCAUGUUUUGAAUCUUUAACAGAAUCUCAGUAAUGAAUAAUUUAGCUACAAAUUCAUUGAUAAGUGCUUUUUAAUGUGUCAGUUUUUCUGUCCUGUCUUUGCUGGACUUGCAAAUGGCAAAUACAAAAACAAGACCCAAAAAUUCUUCCUUCCAGGAAUGAUGAUCACUAUGGAACUACAAGCAAAAAACAUGGCGUGGACAUGAACGCUUUGAGAACAUUUUUCAAAGAACUUAACCAACUUUCUAAUGUUGCCAUUAUGCAAAAAGUGAGUGCUUGAUUUUGUCUGACAAGUUUUUAACCUGAUAUCAUCUAUUUCCUUUGGAAUUUUUAUUAUGCACUGCACCUAAUUUCUCAAGAAAGCUGACCAUCGACUAUCACAAUUUUAUUCUUUCUAGGCCAGUCCUCUUGGUCGUAGUGUCUCUUUCUGAACAUUUAUUUUCCAUAAUUUAAAAUUGCUGUUACUAUUAUUUCAUGUCUAGAUCAGCACAAGUAUUGAGCAGAACCUGAUACCAUCUCUGCCCCAGUCCCCUCCAGAUGUUGAAGCUCUGCGUUUGUACCUCAUGCUACCCGAAUGCCUUUUAUUUGACCAGCCCAAGCUGUACAGUUCAAUCAUUUGUCCAUUUGCUAAAUCCUUCCUUUCUCUCAAUAAAGUAGCUUUAGCUGUUUUUGGUGAGUACAUGCUCUUCAGGUGCACCUUAUCCUGUCACCCUCACCAAUAAAAGGGCUGGUGCAUGUUUGAUCCAGUCAGCUUUAAUCAGUAUUUAAUUCAGUAUUUGUUCAUCCUGUCCCAAAUCACUCAGCUUUAACAGAGGUGUUUAUAUAUAUUAUUAUUUGUUUACUCUUCAAGUCUGAUGCGCCAGUCUAACUGGCUUUCUGCCGGCCAUGUUUUGACAUGAGCCAGGCUAUGCGGCGUUUCAUAGGGACUCUUUAAUUUUGGGAUUUUAUAUAAAUAAUUCGGUAUUUUGUCCAAAUCAAUAUUUCCACAUCCUCUUCCGGUGCUAACAAUUUUCAAACGUGCAAGGAAUUUGUUUUUUAUCACAAUUUUACUAAUAAAGUUAUGAAAUAUUGUCUGUGGUCACCUAGGGUCAAAUUUUAUCACAACAAAAUUACUGCGCCUAAACAUGGAUUUGAUCUACGAACACUAAGAGUUAAUUCUGUCCCCAAUCACUCAGCUUUAUCAGGGGUGUUUAUAUAUAUAUAUUAAUAUUUGUUCAUUCUGUCCCUAAUCAGUCGGCUUUAACAGGGUUGUAAAUAUAUAUUUAUUUAUUAGUAUUUAUUCCUUCUAUCCUUAAUCUGUGGACAUUGGCAUGUGGGUUAUUAAAUUAUUACUUAUAUGAAAUUAGUUCUACUUGAUGUUUUUUGGAAAUAUUAACAAAUAAAUUUUUAAAAAUUCUAGAUACAUGGUGGUCAAUCAACCAGCCGUCUUUCUUUAACAGAUUAAUUGUGGUGAGUUCACUCAAGAUAAUUUUUGUUAACAAUUCUUGUGAAAUUAUUAUUUUUUAAAAAUGUAUUUCCCUGCAUUGUAAAUUAAAUUAAAAUCUGAACCAAAACACUUGAAAGAUUAUUUAAUAUGUCAUGAAUUGCUGGCCCAACGGCACAUAAAACAAAAAAUAUUUAGUCUGAUGGAAAAUAAAAAUAUUUUUCUGUUAAAAAAAGAUUGCAGAUUGCCUUCAACUGUUUGCAUUUAUAAACAUCAACUGAUAUUACAUCCAAGGAAAUAUAGCAAUUACCUAUAAUGUCAUGACAUUUUAUUUGUUUUACAGAUUUAUAAAUCCUGCAUAGAGUAUUUAUUACAGUUACCAGAUACCACUAAUCCGUUAGAGGUAAGGAACAAUGCACAUAUGUAGAUGUUUGUAUCCUGUUUGAAAAUCCAUUACAUUAACAUUAUGGUUUGCUAAUAAAAUCUCCACACAUCAGCACAUCAUGGUUCGAGGCACGUACUUUUUAUUUCUUAAUGUGGAAGUUGCUAAUAAAAUCUCCACACAUCAGCACAUCAUGGUUCGAGGCACGUACUUUUUAUUUCUUAAUGUGGAAGUGAUUUUCUUUUUUAAAUUUUGUCAUGCAGGUCAGUAAAAGACAAGAUGGUCUUUAUGUCUCAAUGGAAAUGUUGCAAAAACUGAAUCAGGUAGAUUUGAGUAUCAGCUAUAGUAUUGGCUGUAAUAUAUAAAAAAUAACAAUUUUGUUGAAAAAUAUUUGAGCAAUACAGAGUGUUAAACCAUUUUAUUUUAUUUUAACCUGUUAUGCAUUAUAUUUUGGUUGUAACUAUUCCUAUUUAUUGGCUUUUUUUAGUUAUUUUUUUUUACAUUGCAUUACAAAUGGAUACGAAGAAGUAUAUUUUUUACGAUUAGUUAUUGAGUUUAUUUAAGAACUAAGAAUUUAGACACUUUGAAAGUCCUUACCUCAAAUGGCCUGGAAAUUCACGAGUCUCACCAUCUGUUGCUUGCACAGGUGAAUGAAACGUACAACCAGAUCAUCCCAUACCACAAGUUCUAUGUACCAGAACUGAAGGACAAGGUCAACAUAAGAGAUGAUUAUAUCAGCUGGGUGCAGCGAACGAAUCAUCGUAGUCAGGUGGGCGGUGUGACCGUACAGGUGUGUGCACUAACAAGUGUUCACCUUUGACCUUUGUUAUUAAUAACUAGUACCAAUAUUUUAAAUUUUACAAGCACUUUAUUGGGUAAUUCCCAAAUAAUUUAAUCUUUUUAUUCUUUGCUGUGAGUUAAAAUGUAGAGGGACAUGCAGCUGGUUGUUCUUUAUGGAAUUCAGGGAUUGUUGUUGCGGCAAGUAGCAGAUUUAAAGACAAGGAAUCUUUUCCAAAUCCUUUUACUUCUCUGUCUCAGAUUAUUUUGAUUUCUCACAAUUUAAGAAAAUAAUGACAUGUUGAAAAUGUUAUCCUCCUGUGGAGAUACUGAUCUUCCAUUGAGUGCCUUCCCAGGUGGGGGAUACAAGAAAGCCCACCAGAUAUGGCGGGUAAGGGGGAAAUAAAAUACCCAGGGCAGACCAAAAUGAGAACCUACUGCCUUGUAGGAAGUGGAGGGAUUCACAAAGGCCAAGGAACUUUACCCAAAAAAUUAAGGCAGCUACCUAGAGAGCUGUAAGUGGCAGCGCCCCACCCCCCCAGACGGUUUUGCGCAGGGCUAACAACCCGGUCAUGUAAAAAAUAUAUGCACGAUAGCCAAACAGCAAAAUAAAACCCGCACUGAUUCUAAAGGAAAUCGACCCGUGCCUGGAUAUGGACAUGAUUUUUGGAUUGCAGCCAGGAAUGUUAUAAGCCUGUUUAGAGUAGGAGCCUUAGCCAACGUAAUAAAUCAUCAGAUUAAACUUAAACCUCUAUUGCUAUAUUGCAAAACAUUUUGAUGGAAAAAUUGAGACAUCCCCAAGACAAAAUAUUAAACCAUUUCUUGUAGUGGCAUCAGUUAGGCCUGUAGCGCCACAAGGAUAGAUGAAAAUGUUAGCAAAGAUGGAGCCACUGCAUGGUUAGCAAAAAUGGAGCCACUGCUGCAUGGUUAGCAAAGAUGGAGCCGCUGCAUGGUUAACGAAAAUAGAGCUCACAGCAUAGUUAGCAAAGAUGGAGCCACUGCAUUGUUAGCAAAGGUGGAGCCACUGCAUUUUUAGCAAAGGUAGAGCCACUGCAUGGUUAUCAUAGGUGGAACCACUGCAUGGCUUGACAGUAUGAGUGACUGAUGAUUAUUGUUGUAUCGAUUGAACUUUGUGACCUGAUUGUCCUGUGUUGUUGUCAUGUUGUAUGACUGGACGUGGUGAGUUGUUUUCUUGAAUGUUUAAACUUAAUGUAUGAAUAUUGGUUGGAGAAGUGUAGUGAAUGGUCAUCCGAUGUGGGGUGUAAAAAAAAUGUAGAAUGGUGCAUAAAGGUUGGUUGUAAACACAGUCCACAGACUUGAAUUGAUUUUAUAUUAAUUAUACUAUUACACAUGGUUAGCAAAGAUGGAGCUACUGCAUGGUUCAUGUUAUCAAUAGCAGUGAACUCAAAGUAAUUUUUCUCUUGAUCUGCUACUGUUGGUGUUUAUUUAUGUUUGUAAAUUUAAAUGUUUUGCUACUAUUUAUAGGCAAAUGUAUAGUAAUUAUUAAAAACAUUUUUAGGAAAAUUUUAAUGUCAUCAUUACAUGUAAUAAGUCUAAUAAUUCUCUUUCAUUUCCAGGAAUUUCUUUAUUAGCAUAUUUCAUUUCUAACAAAUUUUAAAAAGAUAUUUAUUUAUUGCAGAAUUUGAUAUUAGUAUAGUAUAAUUUUGAAACUAUCAAGCAUAUUUUUUGUUAGUAUUGGUUUAUGGGUGGUUUCUUUGCAAGUGCAUUUUUUAGCAACUUUUCAUGUUAGUGAGUUUUUAAUGUGGGCAAAACUUGUGUGUGGGCACUUUUUUGUGCAGCUAUUUGAUGACACAAUUGAACACACAGGGCAACAAUCUGCCUCAAUGCAGUUCUUUGCACUGACAUAAUCCAACACACAGGGCAACAAUCUGGCUCAAUGCAGUUUUUGGCACUGACAUAAUCCAACACACAGGGCAACAAUCUGGCUCAAUACAGUUCUUGGCACUGACAUAAUCCAACAUACUGGAAAACUAACUGGCUCAGUGCAGUUCUUGGCACUGACAUAGUCCAACACAGGGGGAAACAAUCUGGGUCAGGGUAGCGUGAAGGAGGAGUCAACUUAUUAUUAGAUUGCAACUGCACUAUUGCUCAUUCUUCAGAAGAGCAGUACUGCAAGGGGGAUCACAGCACCCCUUUUUGCUCAUUCUUCAGAAGUGCAGUACUGCAAGGGGGAUCACAGCACCCCUUUUUGCUCAUUCUUCAGAAGUGCAAUACUGCAAGGGGGAUCACAGCACCCCUUUUUGCUCAUUCUUCAGAAGUGCAGUACUGCAAGGGGGAUCACAGCACCCCUUUUUGCUCAUUCUCCAGAAGUGCAGUACUGCAAGGGGGAUCACAGCACCCCUUUUUGCUCAUUCUUCAGAAGUGCAGUACUGCAAGGGGGAUCACAGCACCCCUUUUUGCUCAUUCUUCAGAAGUGCAGUACUGCAAGGGGGAUCACAGCACCCCUUUUUGCUCAUUCUCCAGAAGUGCAGUACUGCAAGGGGGAUCACAGCACCCCUUUUUGCUCAUUCUUCAGAAGUGCAGUACUGCAAGGGGGAUCACAGCACCCCUUUUUGCUCAUUCUUCAGAAGUGCAGUACUGCAAGGGGGAUCACAGCACCCCUUUUUGCUCAUUCUCCAGAAGUGCAGUACUGCAAGGGGGAUCACAGAACCCCUUUUUGCUCAUUCUCCAGAAGUGCAGUACUGCAAGGGCGAUUACAGCACCCCUUUUUGCUCAUUCUUCAGAAGUGCAGUACUGCAAGGGGGAUUACAGCACCCCUUUUUGCUCAUUCUCCAGAAGUGCAGUACUGCAAGGGGGAUCACAGCACCCCUUUUUGCUCAUUCUCCAGAAGUGCAGUACUGCAAGGGGGAUCACAAUGACACUUAAUGCUCUUUGUUUUAUAGGGUGGUGCUGUGAGAGACAUCCAUAGUUAUUUUAUUAGAUUUGCUAAAAUUAGAAUAUGGAGAGACUCUCCAUUCUCUCAGGUCAGUGUGUUUAAGUGCAGUCUUUCCACUAUGUGAAUCACCCUGGGUUAACAUUAUUCUUGUUGUUACUGGUCCAUUUCAGGGUUUGUACUUUUGCAACUAUCCAUUCCUAUUCGAUGGAGCGGCCAAAAGUGUUUUGCUUCAAACUGACGCAGCUCUGCAAAUGCAGGUAAUGUAUGGCAUUCAGGUUACAAUAUUUUAUCAAUGUUCAGUUAAUACUUUUUUUUUUUUUUUUUAAAAAAGAGAAUAUAUUAACAUCAAGUAGGAACAAUUUAGAAUUUGACUUGAAACACUGAUUCAGGUUUCAUUAAAUUUAGCAUUUGACUUGAAACACUGAAAGGCUUUACAUUUAAUUUUUUAAAGUAUCCUAAUUUGAGAUACAUUCUAUUAAACAUUUGCUUGAGAUGUCUCCACCAUUUGUUUGUUUCUCUAGAAUGCUAUUGAGAGUGCUCAACGUAAUCAUCUGAUCGGAUUGAUCAGUGGCUUACCCAUGCAGCUCUUUGAUCCUAUCAAUCCAUGUCUUGUCCUAAUCGUACGUCGGGACAAUCUUGUACAGGAUACAUUAGCCCAGCUGCAAACCAAGUCCAGUGCAGAGUUUAAGAAACCUCUUAAGGUAGAUUUUACAAGGAUUGCUACCACUUGAUGUCACUAGGCAUGAUGCAGUUAUAUUCAACUCUAUGCAGAUAUGAUUCCAGACCACAUCAUUGUCCUACCAUUAAGGAUGGUGCUUUGUGUCAAAUUAUUUUUUAAAUAAAAACAACAAGGUCUGCAAAAUUUGUUCCUCAAAAUGCAAUAAAAAUUUAUUUUAAAGUAAAAAUAGAUUUAAACGUAGCACAAUUGCCUUAGCCUGUCGUUGAGAUCUCACAUUUUCACUACUGAUGUCAUCCCCCAAAAGUCUAUAUAAAAUAAUCAUUUGUUGACCAAUGCGUACAAUCUCCAUUUCUUGAAGACUGCUGUCUUUUUUUAUAUGCUCUUGUUUUUAAUACUUCUGGAAAUGGUUUUACCAAGACUUUUUGUUUGUUUUGUUUGACAGGUUAUUUUCCAGGGUGAGGAAGCUGUUGAUGAAGGAGGUGUGAGGAAGGUAAAGAAAUGCUCCCUUUUUUUGUUGCUGUUGUUGAAACAUGACAUAAAAGUAUGGAGGACAGUGGUUGGCCUUUGUGCUGAACAACAAUGUGAAAUCUUAUCUUAGAUUUGCUAUCACAUAGCAUGAUGAAUUUGUUGAAUUUACUUUUCACUUACAUUGAUCUGCUGCUUUAAAGCAUUCCAUAGUUUGUUAAUUUUUUAAAAUUAACAAUAGGUUUACAAGAUUUAAGUAGGGAGGAUUUGUAAAAAUUCCAUAAGUUCUGCAAAAUUUCAAUUUCUAAUGGUUGACUUCUUUAUUUCAGGAGUUCUUUAUUUUAUUACUAAGGGAAGUUAUGGAUCCUAAAUACGGCAUGUUUAAAAAUCAUGAGUCAUCCCACCUCCAGUGGUUUAAUCCCUCGGUAAGUUAUAUCUUAUGUAGCUGCCACCAUUAGAUCCAGUUUGUCAUUUAAAUAAUUACAUAAACGAUUAGCUCUCUUUGUGUUGGCCAUGUGGUUCAAGAUAACUAUGACUGCCAUACAGGAAGUGCUAGCUGGUUUGAAUUUGUCUGGGAUCAUCCCAAGCUGUUGGUGAAUGAUUAGCCAGGUUAAAAAGGCAUUCACCCCAGCUACGAAAAAAAUUCGUAGAGAAAUGCUAAACCAUUUAGUAAAAAAUCAUAAGUCAACCAAAGUCAGCGGUCAGCAGCCUAAUUACUAUUGGAUUGUGUACUAAAAAAUGCACUGUGGUAUAAACAAUUAAUUUAACAGUCAAAAUAAAUCUGGAGCUUAAAUUAAAAAACAAAAAAUUAUAAUUAUGAUAAUCACCUUUUAUUUUACCAUAUUUUAAUGUCUUUUUUUUACAGUAGUCGAGAAAAAAGAUGGUAGUAAAAUAUCUUUUAAAGCUGUAGUUUAAAAUUUGUUUUUCAAUACAUUUUGUUAAAAAAAAAACAAAAAAACCCAGCUCUCUUCACAUUUUGAAAAGCAGAUGCAAUUUUUAUUUGUAUUCUCUAGACCUUUGAGGAGCCAAACAUGUUUAAAAUGAUUGGCAUAUUAUGUGGUUUGGCCAUCUACAAUUUUACAAUAAUUCACCUGCACUUUCCACAAGCGUUAUAUAAAAAAUUGCUCAAAAGGUUGGUUUUGUGUUGUAAAUUAUUUCAAUUGCCCAGUUUAAUUAAAUCUUAGUUUGCUUGAAUAAUUGGAAAUAGCUCUACUGCAGUAAAUAUGAAUUAUCUUUUCUGAUGACUUAUUUUAUUUUUAUAGCCUCCAAUUUAUUUGAAGGACAUGACAUAACUUCAAAAAAAGAAGGCAAAAAAGUUUAAAGUAAUUUUUACUUCUUGAAAAUGGUUAUCAUAACACACAAGGGCACCAUUUAGCUCAUUUCUUAGGAAAUAUUUUUUAAGCCACAAAUACUUUAAAUUCUGCUCUAUAAAGUGGAAAAAUAAAUAUAGCUUUGAGCACACUCUUGAGGGCUGGUAUGUAGAUACCCAUCGGAUGAGUGGAGCCUCUGUAAAAGUGUUUGUAUUUUCAGACCAGUCACUCUUGAUGAUGUCAAGGAACUUGAUCCUGGAAUCGGCAAGUAGGUACAUUUCUUAGAAAUUCAAGUGUAUUUCUAGCCAGUCAAUAAUACUAUAGAAAAAUUUAUGAAUUUAUUUUUGUAUGACACGCUACAGUUCCCAAUUUAUCACCAAAGUAGUGUCAUUGAUGACAGGGUUGCGUAUCUCAAAGUAGUGUCAUUGAUGACAGGGUUGCUCAUCUCAAAAGAGUGGCAUGAUUUUCUGUUUUAACUCUGCAGCCUGCUUAGAUUUGUAUUUCAUGUUGUCAGAUCAAUCCAUUAGAAUUGGUUUAGCCUUCUUUAAAAGCUGUUUUUAACACAAUAAUCACAAGAUGUACUUUGAUCCCCACAGAAGUCUACAAGAAUUAAUAGAUUAUGAAGGGGAUGACUUUGAUGAUGUUUUUAGCUUAUCUUUUGAAGUAAGUGACUAAAAAGUUGUAUACUCCGUAGCUUAUUUCAAUUUAUUGGCCUUGUGCAGCAUGUUACUGCAUGUUCAAUGUUCUUUGAAAGUUAGCAAUGUUAAAAUUCAAACAUGUUCGUCAUAACAUUUAUUAUUGUGUUGUGACCAUAGGUGAUGCAAGAAGUAUUCGGGGAAACCAAAUCUUUCGAGCUCUGUUCUGGUGGAAAAGAAAAGAUUGUCAACCAAAGCAAUAAGUAAGAGAAGAGUUGUCAUUUAUUACAAGCUAAUUUUGUAACAUUACUCUUUUUAUUUGCGCGCUUUUUCUUUGGUUGUCCCUUUGUUAGUUUGUGUAUGUUGAAAUCAUGUAUCUCAAUUUUGACUCACAUCCUGAUCACCGAGUUGAAACUUUGUAUACCGUAUUUUUGUGCAUAUAAGACGCAGGUUUUGGACUAUUUGUGUAAAAAAUAUUUUACUUUAGACGCAUAUGUAAUAUAAGAUGCAUCUGUACAUAAGACGCUGGUUUUGACAAUUUGUGUAAACAAAAGUUACGUAAGACGCACACCUCCUAGCCAUCUGCCACACUGAGCAAAUUAAAUCCAGUUGUUUCCUUUAGUUUAUCAUAAAUGAAAAUUUUUCCAAUGUUUCGUCACACGUCCGAUGUUAACAAGGCUUCAUUACCAUUUUUAGUUUACCGGUAGAUCAAGCAAUUGUCUGAGGCAGGACUGCAACUAUUAUUGUUUAUUCUUAUCUGCUGCCAGGUCAAUAGCGGAUGGGUUCAGUACCAAUAUCUAGAUUCUAGCAACAAUAAAUGCCAAAUUUAAAGGUGGCUUCAUUGAUAUACAAAACAUUGAAACGAAGGGAUUUUAAAUUUGAAGUGGCCAGCAUUGGAAUGGUACACAUAGUAAUUACUGAACACUUACCCAGUUGUUUUAUACAACUAGGAAUGAAAAUCGGGAAACGUGAAUAUUGACCACAUUAAUCGUCCUUCAAUAUCACACACUGUACUGUUCGUUCGGUUUAAAAAAUACUGACCAUAUUUUCUUGCACAUAAGACACACCUAAUAGAAAGACGCACCCGUAUAUAAGACGCGGGUUUUGACAAUUUGUUUUAAAAUAUUUUACUUAAGACGCACCCUGGGUCUUAUAUACGCGAAAAUAGGGUACCUAGCCCAUCCAGAUGAGAGUACAGCCCUUUAUGAUCAGUAGGUCACCAGUUAUCUCCACUGACCCUUUGAGUGACCUGUGCGGAUAUCUCUGGAACAGAAAGUGUUAAGGGACAUCGGGUUUUCAUUAUAGUGUUUCAUUAAGCAUUAUUACUCGUUCCCGAUAGUAAUAACAAUGUCACCACUGACACUCCUUAAUUCAUGUUCCAGCAUAUUAAUUUAUGUUCUACAUUGUUACGCACUGACUUGUAUUGGGAGAAAGUAAUCUCCUAUUUUAAUUUUAAUUUUUAAUUGGCUCGUUGUAAACAGUGGCUAACAAAGGACGAUACCAUAUAAUCAACAAUAUUAAAGAAUACGACCCAAAACAGUUUCUAGUUACAAUUAAUUAAGAUUUAUUAUGUCUUAAGAUAAUUACAAAAUAAAAUUAAAAUAAAAUUACAAUCUUCAACUUACAGUAUGGCAGAUGUCGUACCGGUACACAGUUAAUACAAUUAGAAAUAAUGAUGCCAAUAAAUAAUGCGAAAUAAACACAUAUAAGUAGGAGCACACAAAUACACAAAGAAUAAAACACGCCUCGUAAUGUUAAGAGAAUCUAUAAGAAAAUCUCCGUCUAUCGUCCGUGCCUGUCAAUCCCUUAUAUAGGUGGGUCUACCGACGCCCAAGCCCUGCCUUCGAGCAGCUACAUGACAUAUCUAGAAAAAUCCAAAUAAUUCUACAAAAUACUACUUGGAAUAGAUUAAUUAUUUUUAGUGGUAGGCGGCGUCAACAAGUUACUUCAAAAGGCCUAAGCCACACCCCUUUGUGAACACAGCGUCUCAUGCGGGGUCAAUCAGAGGGCACGCACGAGAAAUAUUAUAUAAACAAGCUCUCUAUAACAUACAUCUUCCAAGACUAAAAAGUACAAAAUAAAACACACUUUUUCCAAAAAUGUACUAAAAAGUUUAAAAUAAAUGUCCCCCAAAACUUCAGAGCUGUUAGAUAUGACUGUAAUUACUCUGAGGUUUGGGGACAUUGUAAGUACUCUGAGGUUUGGGGACAUUUAUUUUUUACUUUUUAAAUUGUGCUUAUUUUUAAAAAGAAUUUUUAAUUUAAAAAAAAAUUGUAUUACAUCUGACAGAAUGUUGUAUUUCUAGGUUUAACUAUACUGGCAGAUUCUGUUCACAAAUGGUUUUAUGUACAUUUAAUAUUAUUGUUUAAGGCCAUUUGGUCAUGAAACACUAAAAUCUCUAGAUAACCUGCCAGCUUUACUAAUUCAGUUGGAGCAAAAUUUGAUGAGGGGACUAACUGUUUUAUUUUUUAGCGCUUGGUGAUGGCCAGUUUUAAAGAUAAUGCAACACCCCACCCCCAACCUCCCCCCCCCCCUCCUCGCCUCUUCCACUCUCUGUACUUAACACUCAAUUAAAUUAUUAAAUGAAUAAUGGGGAAGUGAAUUUCAUAAUAUGGUCUUCAUUUUAUUUAAAAAUAAAGACCACCUGUAUGAGGCCAACCUGAGUGAUGUGUGUUUUGUUUGUUUCCAGACAUGAGUACAUCAAUCUUCAUGUGGACUACAUUCUCAACAAGUCUGUAGAAGUACAGUUCAGUGCAUUCAACGAAGGCUUUCACUCAGUUUGUGGUGGUGUGGUAUUGGAUUUAUUCCAUCCUCAGGAGCUCCAGGCUAUGGUUGUCGGAAAUGAAGACUACGACUUCAUUGAAUUCCAGAAGGUAUGGAAGGAUAAAGUAGCAAGUUUGUGUUUGUAAAUUUUUAAUGGUAAAAAAACAACAACAAUCCAACCUGUUUUAAUAAUCUAUCUUCUCCUUGGAAGCAAAAACCCUGUUGUUAAUGUUAACAAUAAUUAAAUUGUUUAUCUUAUGUGAAGAUUUCAUAUUUUCAACAAUCAACAAAAUAUCAAAGCAGUUUUAUCCCAAGAAAUUUCAUUCUCUUUAAAACAUGUAUCUAAAAUAAUGAUAAUAUAUGGAGGACUGUGCUUAAGCCAUGUGAAGUAAAUAAAUAGUAGAAUAAUCUAUGUUUAGGCUUGAAAAAAAGACAUAACAAUUAUGAGGACGUUUCUUGCUAAAUGUCUUCUUCAGCGGACAUGACAUAACAAGACAUAACAAAUAAUUUGAAAUUUAUAACUCAUGUGUUCCCAUAUCACAAUGUAGCUCUCUCAGUAUUAGUGUAGAAACUACUGCUUAUUUAAUAUAAUGUAGAGCUCCGCCCUUUUGUAUUUAUUAGUUGGCAGUGUAACAAGAUGAGUUUUACCAUGACAACUGCCACAUCUGUGGAUUCAUCUGCCUGAAUUUUAUAUCUAGAUUUGAAAGAAUAUUCUGCUUUUAAAGAUGACUGCCGGUUCCUUAAUUUGCAUGCCAGUUUCAUAUUUAUAUCACUUACAGAAUUUUAAUCUAACACACACCUUGCCAUGUUUGUUGCAUAACGCUUACUAAGUAAUUGUUAGACCAUCAUUUGGCAGUGCUAGAGAUUAACUAAAUAAGAAACUUGUUUCAGUGGCUUUUUCAUUGAUGCCAUGUCUGAUCUUUAAAUUGGUCACUUUAAAAAGUGGAUUGCAUUACUGUUAUAAAAAUAUUAAACAUUAUUAUUAUUAUUGUUGAAAUCCUGAAUUUUUUUUUCAGAUACAAAUAUCAGUUUGAGUUUGUUCUUUAAGAUUCUCAUUGACUUGUUUCCAGAGAACUAUUACUGACUACUGUAUAUACUCGUGUAUUAGCUGAAGAAAUUUUUGUUGUAAACUUCAUUUUAAAACACACACAGAGCCGACUUAUCCAUGAGUCAGAGCUAGUUUUGAUAGAAUUGUGUACAUUAAAUCCGGGGAAAUGUCAAGUUACCGGUGGUGCUAGUGUAUUUAUUGUUGACUUAGAUAUUGGUAACACACACACGGAAAUUUAAAUGCAGGCAUCUGGUGUGAUAAAUCUGGAGUCCAUCAUAUAAAUCGGCCAAAGUGCCGCGAAAAAUUAUAAAAAAGCCAGAAUUAGUAGCAUCAUGUUUUACCCUCCACUUAUCCACGAGUCAUAGCAUAUUUCAUAAUUUUUGGUUAAAAAAAACUAGACUCAUAGUCAUGUAUAUAGGACAAUUCCUUUUUGUGAGAAUUUUAUCCAAAAAUAGCUGCUGGAAAUACGGAAAUUUUCUUUUUUUACUAUUUAGUUCAUUUCAAUUUUAAUUGGACGUAAAAAAAUAAUUUUUUAAAAAUUCAGAAUACAGAUUAUAAAGGAGAUUACUUCAACAAUCAUCCAACCAUCAAGAUGUUUUGGGAAGUUUUUCAUGAGAUGAGCUUAGAAGACAAGAAAAAGUUCUUGUGUAAGUAUCUGAGCCUUGCUGAUUGAUUUAUUUACUGUUCAAUAAAAACAACAAAAUUAUUGUAAUAAUUUUAGAAAUUCAUUUAAAAUUUUUCUUGAAUAAAUUAUGGGCGCACUUUUCAUUCAUCAUUUUAGAGAUGAUUUAUAAAAUUCUUUUUGAAAUCAUUUUUCUAUUAUACAUUUUCAUUUCCUAGUGUUCUUAACUGGUAGUGACCGAAUUCCUGUGUUUGGUAUGAAAAAUGUGAAGGUAAGAAAUCUUGAUUGCUUUAUUUUAGUUUCACAAAAUGAUUAAUUUUGGAUAUUUCAAGAAUCAGAAUCUGUACGUUUUAUUAAUAUAUGUUGUGAAUUUUUUGCAUACAUUUCCAUUGACCAUGAGAUUUCUGUUUUACAGAUGAGCAUCCAGCCUUCUGGGGGAGGAGAGCAUUACUUGCCUGUCGCCCACACCUGCUUUAAUUUACUGGACCUCCCCCGAUACACUUCAAAGGCAACACUUAAAGAAAAGUUACUAAUGGCCAUUCAACAAACUGAAGGUUUCGGCCUCGUCUAGACUAAAUACCUACAGUUAGAAGUAACUGCUUUUGAUACUCAUUUAUAAAAAUCACCCUUCUGUUACUGAUGAGUAGCAGCCUAUUUCGUACCUCUACUUUUCUGUUUAUAAAAUCCAAUUCUGUUAGCAGUGAAACAUUCUGAACAAACCUGGUACAUUUUUAAAUGUUAGGCCUGAUUUUAAAUAAUAAACCAUGGCUUCAAAUACUAUUUGUGAAAACAAAUUUUUUUUUAUUGUCUAUUUUAUUAAGAUUUACUGAACUAUUUUAAAAAUAAAAAGAAUUUAAGAUGUAAAAAAAAAAAAAUUUAAAAAAAAAAAAAAAGAGAGAGAAGUUCUCAGCAAUUAAUUAAGAGAUGCUUAAUAAUUUUGUAUAAAGUUGCCUUUUUUUUUAUUGUCUAUUUUAUUAAGAUUUACUGAAAUAUUUUAAAAAUAAAUAGAAUUUAAGAUGUACAAAAAAAAAAAUUUAAAAAAAAAAAAAAAGAGAGAGAAGUUCUCAGCAAUUAAUUAAGAGAUGCUUAAUAAUUUUGUAUAAAGUUGCCAGAAUAAAGGACAAUGUCAUAUUUUAAAGACCAGCCAGUGUUUUGUCUCUGUGAACAGUGACCAAUACAGUCCAAUGCAAGAUAUUUUUUAUGGUACUCUUUAAAUAAUUGCUUUUGAUCAUUUUGGGUUGGGGACUUUAUUUCUAGUGUAUACUUGCACCUACCCUGUUUUUAAAGUCUAUCCUAGAAAUUUCCUUUAGACUAAUCUUUCCUUGGAGCAGGCCCUUGGUUUGCAAACGUUUUCAAGUUCAAAUGCUUUGCAAUAAAGCCAGUAUUUUCUCAAGCUCUAAACUUACACAUUUAUUGAGUGCUCGUGAUUAUUUUUUUCCUUAUAGUGUAUUUGCCAUUGAUAGCCGAGGUCAGUGGUUCCCAACAUGUGCUCCUUUGAAGGGGCUAAGGGCUCAACAUGCACUCUUCAGGGGCUCUUCGGCUGAUAGGGUAACACCUUAAACACCAUUGACUCGAUGAUAUAACCCUAGGUCUAAGGGACUCACCCAUAGAUAUUUAUUUUUAAAAGGGCUCGGUGAUUCGUAAAGGUUGGGAACCACUGGCUUAGAUAAUGUUUUAAAACUGGUUGAUUAUUUAAUUUUUUUAUAAGGAUUUCAAGUUGUUGACUGUUUGGCUGGAAAAAUUUGAAACAAAUCAUUGAAAUUAAAGAAAUAAAUAAUAAAAUUCGUAUCUAUUAUAGAUUAAUUAUUAUUUGAACAAUGCUGUUACAAAAAUAUAUAUAUAUCUUUUUUCUAAAAUAUAUCUUUAUAAUGAGGGCCUAGCUUCACUCCCAAAGUUCGGGGUUUCCAAACCACUGUUUGACGGUCUUGUAAAUAUACAUAAGUGUAAAUACAGGUACUGAAAAAAAACUUCUAAUUUUCUACUAAAUUAAAAAGAGAGGUGUAGAAAUUGGAAAAUAGACUUGUGACUAACGCUAAACAAAAGUAAAAUUUUAUGAAGAAAUGUAUGUUAGUCCCCCAAAUGUCACCAUACAAAAUUCCCUUUCCUUGCUCCCUCUGGGUGCCAGCUUGGCAAAUUCCUGAUCUAUAGAGCAUCCCGAGGCGGCCAUUGUCUGCCAGACACUGUUGGAGCAUUCUGCAUAAGUGUUGAAACAUUUGACUCAAAUAAACUUGGUCAUGAAUGUAAGGUCGCUCUCAACCACUUUGAAACAAAAAAACAAAUAAUUCAUUAAUAUUUUCUAAACAUGUCAAUAUGCUUUAGCAAAAGCUGUAAUAAACAGUAUGCUAUUCACAGCAUCAAUUAGAACUAAAUGUGACUUAUAAAGAAAAUGAUCUUUGGUCUUUACUCUGAAGUUGUACAAUUUCUUGAUAAUUUGUAUGGGCUUAUGAAAGCCAUAUUUUCUUAAAAGUUGGCUUAAGCAAGGGAAUUUCUAGUUUCAUUUGUGAAGCCCAAAAACUUGAUUUCCUUGAGUUCGUAGAGAGUUCCUUGAGUUCCUUGACCAUGGAUAUGAAGUUUGGCACAUGGCCCUUAGUUUCUUUCACUUUCUGUGCAGUAACAUUUUAGUAUCUGUGUCUGUCACUAAGUCCAGUGCACUCUGAACACUAUGGUUGUUAUUUUAAAAAAAAAAUAAAUGAUUAUUUACAGAUUUGUACCAUUUACAUCUUAUAAUAUUUUACAGUUUUUAAAUUCUCUUUUAUCUGCUUAUGUUAGAGAUGCUUGCAUAGUAUCUCCCUUUCUUAAUUUAUUUAAUUUACUUAAAGUAAAAGUAAAUACAUUUGUAAAAUGAUCUGGUUUAACAAAUUCCAAGAAAAUUUACCUGGAGCUGGCCUAUCAAUUUAUUAUAUUAUUAUUAUAAUUUUGGAUGACUUAUAAAUAUUUAACUUGGUUAAUAUGAAAUGAUAUUUGGAUAAAAUAUUAUUUCUUAUUACUGUAUAUCAGAAUUGAUUAAGUUCUUAGAAGAUCAUGUUUCUCAUCUGUUCUUUUCAUGUUAAUUAGAGAUUUCUUUACUUUUAAAAAAGAUAAAAUAAGUAACAAGCGAUAAUCAUGUUUUCUUUCAGUACUGACACAUCUUGCGAUGAUGUGAUCACGUUCUGUUCAGUACUGUAUAUCUUAACCUUGGCAGAAACUUAGUCUAUGUCUCACACUUGUUGGGUCUUGUUAUAUAAUAUGUCAAUACAAUCUAAAUAAAUCUGCCAGUAUUAUUUAAUC